ACGAACCGCACUGAGGAGACGGCCGCCCAAUCACCAGACGGACGCAUCCUCGGGAGUACGUAUCUUUCCGGGGCUAGGAACACCCGGCAUUCGACCGUUCACUACUCCAGCCUGAGCUCCGCGGUUCCCGUUAAGAUACCUUACGGAUACUCACCGACACAACUCGAUCAGCCUCGAGCAUUCAGCAUGAUCGAUAUCCGUCCCCCCGAAUUCCAACAAAGCUUCCACGAUCCACCUACUCAAGGGCCAAGCACCGCCCUCAACAUCCGGGAGAAGCUUCAGGUCGCUCUCCAUCCCGAAGCAAUACCCAUGGCCCAUGAGGUGGAUGGAGGAGGGGUGGGCCGCAUCGAUAGGGUCCCGGUCGUGUGCUUCCAAGACCUCUCUCCGCCCAAUCAUCCUCGAUCUCAUCCACCCAGCGCCGCCCCAAACGGCAUCGCUUUCUGUCCAGGCCUCUGA